GUGGCUGCUGCAGGCGUGCUGUUUGCGGCAGUGGAAACCUCUGCGAAAUGUAUUUUGUAUUCCCGAAUGUGUUUUGUUUGGUUUUAUACAUUUCAAUGGUCAUAUCAUAGUCUUAAUAGCUAUGAUUUAUUGUCAUUUUAGUAGGUUGACCUAGCUAGCUAAGGUUUAUUUAAACGUUCGAAAACGUUGGGUCCGGUCUAGCAAGCUAAUGCACAACCGGAGAGGCGCUCUGGUCUCGAGCUACAGCAGGAUGAGGCCUACUUGUUAAAGCUCCCUCACCUCCUCUCAAGAAUCAUCGUGAUGGCUGAUGAUCAACAACAACCUGGUCAGCACCAGAAGCCUACUUCGGGAUUAGGCUCACUUCCAACGCUAGUGCCAGGACUUCAGGGGCCUGAGGCAAAUGCAUUGCAGUUCAAAAUAAAGAAUUCCAUUUGCAAAUCCGUACAAUCAAAAGUGGACAACAUAUUGCAAGAUGUUGAGAAGUUUACAGACAUUGAAAAACUCUACCUCUACCUUAAGUUGCCUUCUGGUCCCAGCAAUGGCAAUGAUAAAAGGACUGAAAAUCAGAGAGGGUCCACAACUCCUGGACUAUGUGAUCAGAGCUCGAUGUCGUCCAGCCGGACACAGCAGAUGUAUGCAUUUAACUGGAUUCGGAAUCACCUAGAGGAACACCCUGAGACAUCCCUUCCAAAGCAGGAGGUUUACGAUGAGUACAAGAGCUAUUGUGACAAUCUAGGCUACAACCCACUAAGUGCAGCAGACUUUGGGAAGAUCAUGAAGAACGUCUUUCCCAACAUGAAGGCACGCAGGCUGGGCAUGAGAGGAAAAUCCAAAUACUGUUAUAGUGGCUUGAGGAAGAAAGCUUUUGUACACAUGCCAUCGUUACCCAACCUGGAUCUGCAGAAGUCAGGCGACGGAUGUGAGCUCAUGGAGCCGUCGGGCCAGUCUCCCAGCGCUGAGGAUGAGAUGCGCUCGGCCGCUUGCGGCCUGGUGUGCGAGUGGGCCCAGAAGGUUCUCAGCCGCCAGUUUGACAACGUGGAAGACCUGGCCCGCUUCCUCCUCAACAGUCACUACAUCGGCACCAAGUCCAUGGCUGCCCUCACAGUCAUGACCGGAACCCCGACAGGAAUGAAGACGCCCACCCCGGCCUCUGCGUUUGUCCCCACGGCUGAAGCGAACUCCUUCCAGCCCCAGGUGAAGACUCUCCCCUCGCCCUCCGUCGACGCCAAGCAGCAGCUGCAGCGGAAGAUCCAGAAGAAACAGCAGGAGCAAAAGCUGCACUCCCCUCUGCCCUGCGAGGCUCAGGGGAAGAGGCCUGAGGUCAGCACCCCGGGACCCACCAUCCCCUGUGGGAGCCCCGCCCUGCUGUCCCCUCAGCCCACCAUAGGCAUCGUGGUGGCUGCUGUUCCCAGCCCGAUCACGGUGCAGAGAAGCAGGCAGCUCAUGACCUCACCCAGUCCUGUGGGAACUGCCGAAGGGAAAGUUCUGCCUGUCAACUUCCAGGUGGUCACCCAGUCUCUGAAACAGUCCCCUAAAACUCCCCAGAAUAUCUCCGCCAGCCCCGUGGGCGACCGCCUGGCCCGGCACAGGUACGCCCAGAUCCUGCCCAAGCCUUCGGCGACGAGCGCCAUCACCCUGCGCUCCCCUCCCACCCUCCUGAUCACCAACAGCCCCAUCAAGACGGUGAUGCCGAACCCUCACGUCAGCUCGGUUAACGUGGUCAAAAUGACCGCCAUAUCCCUGUCCCCGAGCGGCAGCAGCAACACCAUCAGCACAACCCUGAGGCCCAUCUCAGCUGGGGGAGGAACCUCGGCAGCUCCAGAGGAGCACUCCCAUAGCGGGCCCUCGGCCACCCCCCAGUCCCCUGCCGUCAGGCCUGGUGCCCCGACCCCUACCACCAGCCACGACAAAGCAGUGUCUGAAGCUAACAACAACCACCUAGCUCCCGGCACAGAGAAGCAGAGCACCAUCCAGGAGUCGCCAGCUGGGGGCAAGGAGGAUCGGGUCACCAAAUACAGGGCUGCCAGUGAACCCAGCUUCUUGGUUAAGUGCUCCCCGGGACCUGGCAGAGCGUCCCGGACCAAAAGUGACUCGACGUCUCCCCCUACGGCCACGGCGGCCACCGGGACUCAGGACAGCAAUAACAACAGUAACUUUCAAAACAGUACUUUGUACCUGACUGUUGAUAAUCAUAACGCCAGCGUCAGCAUGUCGUCCAAUGGCUCCUCGGCUGUUACUCUGUUGUCCAAGGACUCCUCCUGCCCGGGCUCCAAGAGCCCUAGAAAGCGCACCGGCCCGACCCUGGACUCCUACGUGAUUCCUGUUAAGAGGGUGUUCAUCUCCCAGCAGCCUGUGGCUGUAAUUGACAAUCCCAAACCCGGAGCGGGCGUCGCUCCCGUGAAGAGGAUCCCCAGAGCAGGCGCUGGCGCCAGACCUGAAAGCGCUCCCUGCAAAGUGAGUGUGAGACACGCCACCUUAAUGCCCACCCACAUCCUGGCUCUCUCCGACUCGCCCAUCGCCCACACCGAGGGCUCCCAGACUGUUGUCAAACCCAAGGCCUUUCUGCUGAAACCCGGGGAUCUGUCUCUGGGCACCAGCAGCGCAGCCCCUGGUAGCGGCGGCACCCCCGACCCAACGCCCCUGCAGCAGAUCGCGGCCGAUCCCGUCGCCGUAGCAACCGGCUCGGGAGGCGCGCGCGAGGCCUCCGCGAUGAGCAACUUGAAGAGCACAAUAUGGGAGGAGGGGCAGCUGGACGAGCUCCAGAAGCAGGCCUCCUCAGAGCCACUGCCCAUGAUGGGCCAGGCCUCCUCAGACCCACUGCCCAUGAUGGGCCAGGCCUCCUCAGACCCACUGCCCAUGAUGAGCCAGACCCCGGAGGCCUCCAGCCAGCUCGCCCUCCAUCAGGACAUCGUGGACUUUGCGGGCUCCCAGCCCAACAUGGACUAUUUCCCCUUCAAUGACGACGACAUGACCCAGGACAGCAUCGUGGAGGAGCUGGUCCAGAUGGAGGAGCAGAUGAAGCUGAAAGGCCUGCAGCCCUUGUUCAGCAGCUGUGUGGACAUGUCUCUGCAGGGCCAGUCUGCUGGUCACCAGAGCUCCAUCCUCAACGCUCACCAAGCAGGUUCCUCCUUCUACCACUCUGCCCACAGCAGCACCACCCCGGUCCAGACCCCUACCCCCACCCCGACACCCACCCCCACCCCCACCUCGGAGAUGACCCUCGGGGGACAUGGUUUGACCAGAGAGAGCCCAUGCUCCCGCAUGGCUCCCAUCACCCCCGUGGACGGCACCAUGGGUCGGCACACCCCCAUCAGCACCCCUCUGUCCAACUGCAGCAGCAGCGUUCCCCCUAGCCCCGUGGAGUGUCGGAAUCCCUUCGCCUUCACCCCCAUCAACUCGAGCAUGAUGGGCUAUCACGACGCCAGCAUCGUGUCCAGCAGCCCAGUCAAACCCAUGCAGAGGCCCAUGGCGACCCACCCUGACAAAGCCAAGCUGGAGUGGAUCAACAACCGCUACAACAGCAGCUCUGGAGGUCCCCUGUCCAGCCAAGGCAUCGGCAUUCUCCCCAGCUACCAAGACCUGGUGGACGACCAGUUUCGGAAGCCGCACGCGUUCGCCAUACCGGGCCAGUCUUUCCAAUCGCAGUCGAGACAAGACUCUCACUUUGGCCGUCUGACGCCCGUCUCCCCGGUGCAGCAGCAGAUGGCCAGUGUGUCCACGUCCACCAAGCAGGAGAGCUUCGCCGUGCCCGCUCCGCUGGACAACAAGGCCGCAGGCUCGUCUGCCUCCGGAACUUUCCGCUGUCGCAGCGUGAGCCCGGCGGUGCGUCAGAGAAACUUCAGCGGUAACACGGGCCCCCCCACGCCCGCCACCGCCGCCUCUGCUACCGCCGCCUCUGCUACCGCCCCCGGAGCCGUCGGGGCCCCCUUCAACACGCCUGUCUCCUCGGAGGUGCUGAACCUCCUCUCCGGCAGCCAGGCGGUCGACACCGUCCACAGCUUGGUCCAGCGCAGUCAGUCUGUUCCUCUCGGCAUCAUGAUGCAGAGCGAGGUCCUGCCCGUCCAGGGUCAGAGCAACCCCACCAAGAUCACCAGUGUCCUGCUGAACAAAAUGGACUCCGACGGGGACGACGCGGUCCGAGGCCUGGGCAUCAACAACCUCCCGUCCAACUACACGGCCCGUAUGAACCUCACCCAGAUCCUGGAGACCACCCCGGGCUUCAGCGGAGGACCCUCCCACCAGGGUCCGCUGCUCCCGGUCAGUUCCAGCCCGGCUGCCUUCGAGCUCCAGCAGCACAGCUACCUAAACGCUAGCGGGGAGCGGCUGAGCUUCGUGGCCACGGAGACCCAAGCACAAGCAGGCCUCUGUGAGCAGGAGGACACAGGGCAGCCCCAGCUCCUCCUCCAGAGCACACAGCAGCAAGACGAGGAGGAGCAGCAGCAGCUGGACUUCAACAACACUGUAAAGGACCUGCUGGGGGACGAUGGGCUGAACCCCAGCUCUCAGCUCGUGGGCCAGGUGGCCUCGGAGCUCAACGCCGUGGCGUCCGACUUCUCCAACGACAUCAGACUGACCUCAGAGCUGUCCAGUAGCAUAACUGACCUUAACACGUUGGACACGAACCUGCUGUUUGACCCCAAUCAGCAACAAGAACAAUAUGAAGACUCGACACUGGAAGAACUAAAGAAUGACCCGCUAUUUCAGCAGAUAUGCAGUGAAACUGUGAACUCUGGUUUCGACUGGCUGGAAAGCAAAGACCAGCCGACCACAGUUGAGAUGCUGGGUUAAUAUUGUUGUAAAGUAGUUAUGGUGUCUGUUUUUAAUUAUUGUUUGUUGGGAAUUGUCUGGACUUGGCCACCUGUCCAGUUAAAAGUGCCAGCCUAUCCAGAAUAUUUCUCUCCUACUGAUUUUGUUUUCUCGUUUUCAGUUGUACAUGUCAUAGUACAUAUCCACUUUAUCUCUCCAUCUGAAAUAUGUUAUGCACACAGGUGAAACUUCAUCUUCCAUAUUACAGUCAACAAUGCAAUAUUUCAAUUCAGAUAUCACUUUAGCAAAGUGGGAUAAGUAAGAAAUUUGGCACAAAAACAAUCACAAAUGACCUCACCAAAAAAUGUAUGCUGUAUCCUGUUUUAGGAUUGGAAUGGAAGGACAACAAAAUUGUGUGCUCAUCACCUAGGACAUUUGCCUACCAUAUCAGAAUACUACAAAGGGAGCAACUGAUGCUGCCAGGUGCUGAAUUUAGGACAUUGUCUUUAUACAUUAUCACAUUACAAAUCAGCAGAAUACUGAUUUAAUGUCUGAUCUUUGUCCAGGAGGGAAAUCUUCUCAAAGUCUACACUACUUGUACUGUUCAAUAUUUUGUAAAAGGAGGAGAUGGAUCAACUAAAAUUGGGCCGUUUUGCAGAUUAUGUGACAUGGAAGGGAAGCAACAACUUGGCUGCCUUAUUUCCAAAGUCCAAGGCCUUAUGCCACCUCUAGAGAGACUGUAUAUAGCAUACUCUGCAGACUUCAUCAGAACCACCUUGAGCGAGCUUCAUCACAUCCAGGCAGCUGUUACUCUGAUAAGGUUUUCUCAGUACUUUUUCUUAUUCUUAAAAAAAACAAAACCAAUCUGUUGCAGCAUUAUGCAUGCAUGUUGUAUAAACCACACUGCGCGUGCCCUUAUCGGUUGUAGAUCAAGAUUAUUUAAAAUGCUAUCAUUUUAUAAAUCCCAUGUCCGGCACACUGAGUAGUGGCAAAAGGUGUUUCUCUCCCAGGAUGAAUAUCACUGGUAUGGAGACGGCUUGAUUUGUUGAAUUGAAGGCUAGAGGCUGUAUUGCAAAACAUUUGAUCUUGGUUUUGAUGUAAUCUUGAGAUCAAGAGAUGAAUUGUGAUUAUUGUCUUUCUGGAGAACCAGCCUUAUUUACAUUACCAAAGAUGAGCUGUUGUUAUUAAUGGAUUUGAUCAUUCAUCCGCUCCUAAUGACUAAUAUAAAUGAAUGGAAACAGGCAGCCAUGAAGAUGAGAUCACUUAAGAGUUAUGUAGUGGUGGAUUACAAGAAACUAAAUUAAAACAGAUAAAGAUAAAGCUGCAAAAAUAUAUGUACAGUAUGUAAAUUAGUGAUAUGGUCGCAGUCCUGUGCUGAAUAGGCAACUACUGACCUGAAAGCAUGUUGGAACCAUCACUGCUAGCCAGGUAUGUGAUAAAGUAGGAUGCUUGCUUGAAUUUUGGCUAUUGUUAAUGUUGUAAAAGUCAUGUUAAAGUUCCAUUUGUAAAUAGGAUAGAUACAUAGGAAUUGAUGUAUCAAGACACUAUAUUAUGGCCAUAAUUCUAGCUAAAUCUAUGGGCCAUUACAAAAAAUCUAAACAGAACUAUAGUCGGCAAGAUACUGUAUGUUGUCUGUUGCAUUUCUGGAUCGAUGUAUUGUAGAAGUAUCGCUGUCUGUUUGGUCUCGCUUGCUGGUGUAUUUUUUUAUUUUAUUUUCCGAAGAUAAUAAGUCUCUGCUUUCGCAGAAGUGAUGUGAGCUUUGAGCGAGAACAAUAGCAUGGUUUCUUCAGAAAAAGGUUGUGAUAUUAGCUGGUUGCAAACAUUUCUGUGACAUAUACAUUGUGUUAGAAGACUUUAAGCAGACACUGGAAAUUUAAUGGUUCAUGUUUCAGCAAACUUUGGAGGUUCACAUUAUUGCACUAAAUUUUUAUGACACAUGGCUUUGCCACAUCUUUAUGGACUAAUGUUAUGAUGGAUGCCCGCAAAAAAAAAAAAAAAAAACGAAAAAACGAAUUUUUACAACAAGGUAAGAAAGGAAAAUUUAAAAGAAUCGUCUGAAAAUGACUAUAUAAUUGUAUUGUAGCAAAAUGUGCAUUAAUCUCAGUGAGAUACGCAUUCUUAGUCAUUCUCAUACCUGAGAAUAUAAAGCGUUAAGGAAAAAAAUGUUGAAAUUACCUUUUAAAACCUUCAUGCUUCAUUAUGUUUAUAAAUGAUUGUACGCGUGCAUGUGAUGAAUUCUAUAGAACUUUGUAUUCUUGGUAACCACUGUCUUCUGUGAUUAGGGCGGGUUCUGUUAACCAGACGAACAGUGCUAGUUACUUGAGUUACUUUACUCUCUCAUUGUGUGCUGUUUACUAAGUUAAUAUUGUUUUGUUAAUAACUGUUUUGUCAAUUUUACAUUUUCUUAUUUUGCAAAAUGCAGUAGUAAAGACAUUUUUAACAUUUUCUCUUAAUUUUUUUACAUUGAAUAAGGCACUGAUAUAUGAAUUUGAAUGAAGGAAAAUGCACCUUUUGUAAGAUGUACAGGAGCUCCAUGAAGCAGUGACUCUGAUUCUGUACUUCUGACUUACCCAGUACCAACUCUGUUUGACUAUUUUGUCCAUUUAUACCAGUACCAGUAGAAGAACCUUUCUGUGUAGUUGUGUGGUGUACUGCUUAAUGUACAGUAGCUUGUUAAUAUUGCAAACGCGGUAAUGUUUUUUUUCAAUGGAAAGUACUCACUGGUGAGAUUUUUAAAGUGGUUUUAAAAGCCAAUAAACUUUUUUAAAGAAUAUGCU